AUUCUACAGCCAAUUGCAACUCUCGACUCUAUGAUUAGCUUUCUACUCGGCCAAUCAGGACACUCCUAGUCAACGCGUCCAUUUCCAGGUUCGGUGGAGAAGGAAGGGGUGAACAAGGUGUUGCACUGAAGGUUGCAGCAGCUGUUUGGUUCUUGCUUACUUAGUUCCGCCUAUCAACACGCCCUUCUUCCAUAAUAAAUAUCGAGUGCUCCAGCUCACAGGAGCCAGCUUUUUGCUUCGGUCUUUGUGCUGCUGCUGCCGUUGACUGUUCCCUAAACCGGGGUGCCUACCACACAUCUUCCACUACCAGGAGACCAUGGACACCGACACUGAACAGCAAGAAGAGACUUCGUUCAGCAACACAGAGACUAACGGUAAGCGCCCUGCUGAGGAUGCAGAUGAGCAGAAAUCAUUCAAGCGCUCCAGGAACUCAGAUGAGAUGGUUGAGCUUCGCAUCCUCCUGCAGAGCAAAAAUGCAGGAGCUGUAAUUGGGAAGGGUGGAAAAAACAUCAAAGCCCUCCGUACAGAUUACAAUGCCAGUGUGUCAGUCCCAGACAGCAGUGGGCCUGAGCGCAUCCUAAGCAUCAGUGCCGACAUUGAGACAGUUGGAGAAAUCUUGCUCAAGAUUAUCCCAACCCUGGAAGAGUACCAGCAAUACAAUGGCAUGGAUUUUGACUGUGAGCUGCGCCUGCUCAUCCACCAGAGCCUGGCAGGCUCGAUCAUUGGGGUGAAGGGAGCCAAGAUCAAGGAGCUCCGGGAGAACACAAAGACCAGCAUCAAGCUGUUUCAGGAGUGUUGUCCUCAGUCGACAGACCGGGUGGUGCUGGUUGGCGGUAAAACCGAAAGGGUGGUGGAAUGUAUCAAAACUAUGCUGGAGCUGAUCUCUGAAGCUCCCAUAAAGGGACGUGCACAACCAUACGACCCCAACUUCUAUGAUGAAACAUAUGAAUAUGGUGGGUUCACAAUGAUGUUCGAAGAGAGGGGGAGCAGCCGCAGGCUUAUGGGAGGCUUCCCCAUGCGUGGUAGCAGAUCUAGCGGUGGAGACCGUGCGUUUGAUCGAAUGCCCUCUAGCAGAGGGGUACGAGGACCCAUGCCCCCCUCUCGUCGAGACUACGACGAGAUGAGCCCCCGCCGAGGGCCUCCUCCACCUCACCCAAGUAGGGUUGGCAGGGGAAGCUCCCGUGUUCGCAACAUGCCCAUGGGCCACCCACACAGAGGAGGAGAUGACCGUUACUAUGACUCGUACCGCGGCUCAGAUGAGAGGUCAAAUGACAGAAGAGGCAGACCGGAUCGCUAUAGCGAUAACAUGAGCGGGGGAGGAUAUGAAAACAGUUCCUCCUGGGAUAGCUACCAGUCAGGUGGACGUGGAUCCUAUAAUGACUUGGGUGGCCCUGUCAUCACCACACAAGUAACGAUUCCUAAAGAUCUGGCCGGUUCAAUCAUUGGUAAGGGAGGCCAGCGGAUCAAACAGAUCCGUCAUGAGUCUGGAGCCUCCAUCAAGAUUGAUGAGCCUCUGGAGGGUUCUGAGGACAGAAUUAUCACUAUAACCGGGACCCAAGAUCAGAUCCAGAAUGCUCAAUACCUUCUACAGAACAGUGUUUUGCACCUGCUUGGACACAGGGACUAACCACACCCCUUUUUUCUCCUCUUCUUCGCUGUCUUUCAAUCAUCAAUGGCUAUUGCUCCCUCCUCUCCUCUGUCUCCUGUCUUACCUGCUCUCUUCAUAUGAUUUUGUGCUCCCACAGUUGUGUAGCUAUGUAUUUACACUGUCAAUAAGUUGGACAUUGCAUUUUUCUUUGUUUUGUUUUUUAUUUAUUUUUCCACUCUUUAUUUCAGUGUGAAGCAGUACUCUGGUCAUUGUCUGUAGACCCAGGAGACUCUGAUUGACGCAGAUUCACAAUGCCCCUUUCCCCUCAGCCUUUCUGCCCUUGUCCAACACAUCCCCUUCAGACUCUUAUUCUGGAUUGUGGGUGUCUUUCUUUUUUUAAUUUUAUUUUUGUAUUUUUUAAUGAAAGAAUUGUCCAACAUUCCUGUGCAUAAAAGAAAAUGUAGAUUUAUAAGAGUGUAAACCAUUAAUUUACCUGAUAAACUUUGCUUUUUUUCCCUAACACAUCUGUCAGAAAUAUUCUUCAUUCUCCUGACAAAAUAAACACCCAUUUUUUUUUUUUGAUUUUUUUUUUUUUUUUUUUUUUUGAUGGGUUUUGUUUUUGAUAUGUUUGUGUGGUUUAAAACUGUCCAUUGUGUAUGUGUGUGUAUGUGUACAUAGACAUGUCAGCAUGUGUGGGGCUUCACAUGCAGUUGUAUGACAUUACUACUCUGUGCAAGCUGCAGAAUGUAAGCUACAUUUUUUUCAUAUUGAACUAUUUUGUUUUAGAUGUGGGAAAUUUUUACCCUUCAGCAUAGUUUUUUGCGAUGUUUAAGUUGGGACUCUUCUACAUGCCAGAUACAGGAGAAUAUGACUUAUUUGUUAGCAAAUCUGUGGUAGCUGUGAUGCGAAAAAAAGAUCGGAAUCAUUUGAGUCCUCAAAUAUGUAGCUAUGACUUUGACAUUUACUAUAGAUUUGACAAAUGAUAUUCAACUUGUCCCUGCAGUUUCCUGUGUUCUACACUUGUUUGCCCUCCAUGCUGUAGACUUCACAUUGUCAGAUUGUAAAAUGAAUAAAGAUGCCACUUUUUACCAA